GUAUGGUACGAUGGACAAACAUACCUGCGCGUGCUCUAGUCUGGAACAGUUCUUUUUCCUUUAAUGGCAUUUGCAUAUGUUUCUAUGUUCUUAACCGUGACUGGUAUUACGCAAACCCAAAAGACAAAGACUUCGCACCCACGGAUAUAACUAAUUGUGCGGUUAAUUUAUCGUCGGUAAACAUGUGGUGUCGGGCAUUGUUUCUACUGGUGACCGUGUACUUCGCCGAAACAGCUGUCAUAUCCAGGCGAAGCACCACAGCUGGAAUCUAUGGAAGAGUGGUGCCCAUUCCUGCCGGUACCAAAGCCCACUACAAUAUCCAGAACUUUGCCGGUCCGGGCACCUACAAAUUUGGCUAUGAUACCGGAUCCGGUCCCAAUCAGUCUUUUCGUCAGGAAGAGAGAGGUGCGGAUGGAAAAGUGAAAGGACGCUACGGCUAUGUCGAACCAUCCGGUGCACUGAGGGUUGUAGAAUACAUGGCCGAUGCUUCAGGUUUUCACAUCAUUAAGACCAGGACAAUGGUGCCGGACAUGAAACCCAAGCCAGCGGUGAAAGUCCGGACACCUUUCGUGGGACCCUUACCUCCCUUCAUUCCGACAAGUUACGUCGUCAACUUAGCCGGUUAGUCAGCAUAAACAGUCAGCAUAGAUCCCGGUGUAUACGACAUAUAUCUGCUGUUGUCUAAUCUUUGGUUCAAAUCCAAAUGUUUGUCUGUGAUAUUUCUUUUACUAUACUUUGACUGUAAAUAUAAAGUGCAGUGUAAAGGGAACUCUGCUGCAUGCUUUCAUUUAAUGAGGCAAC